CAUCCUCCAGCCAAGAUAGAUAAAGCUAAUUUAUUUUCUCAUCUAAAAAUGGCUUCAUCUCAAGUUGGUGAUAUGGUGAAUGGCAACGCCGAGCGUACUCGCCACUUGGCCAAAUUUCCCCCUAGUUUAUGGGGUGAUAGGUUCACUUCAUUCACUUUAGAUAAACAGCUAUGGGACAAGUAUGGUAAUGAGAUUGAAGUAUUGAAAGAACAAGUGAGGAGCAUGGUAGUAGCCGGUGGACGUAAAGCAGCAGAACAAAUGAAUUUGAUCAACGUGCUCGAACGCCUUGGUGUGUCGUAUCACUUCGAGAAAGAGAUUGAAGAGCAGUUGGAGCAAUUGUUUGCUAAGUUUGAAGACAAUGAGGACUAUGAUUUGUUCAACAUUGCACUACACUUUCGCAUAUUCAGACAACAUGGCUAUAAAAUGUCAUGUGAUGUGUUCAACAAAUUUAGAGACAGUAAUGGUGAAUUCAAGGAAACGGUGAGCAAUGAUGUACAGGGUAUGUUAAGCUUAUAUGAAGCUACAUAUUUGAAGAUCCGUGGAGAAGGUUUUCUAGAUGAGGCUCAUGCUUUCACAAUAGCCCAACUUGAGUCUCUGGUGGGAGGGCCACAUUUAAGCUCUGAUCUUUCUGAACAAGUGAUGCAUGCCCUCAAGCAGUCAAUCCACAGGGGCUUUCCAAGACUAGAGGCAAAGCAUUUCAUCUCUUUCUAUGAAAAAGAUGCUUCUAGGAAUGAAACUCUAUUGAGGCUUGCAAAGUUAGAUUUCAAUCAGUUACAGUUGUCCCAUAGGGAAGAAUUGUGCCACAUCUUUAGGUGGUGGAAAGAGUUGGAUUUAACAUCGAAAGUUCCAUAUGCGAGGGAUAGAGCAGUGGAGUGCUUUUUUUGGACCCCUAACGCUUAUUACGAACCUCAACACUCUGUUGGACGUGCAGUGCUCACCAAAAUUAUGCUUUUGUUAUCCGUUACCGAUGAUACUUAUGAUGCAUAUGGUACCUAUGAUGAACUCAAACUUUACACUAAUGCAGUCCAAAGGUACAAUUUUCUAUACCAAUCAAUUUAUUUAUCUUGGUUUUACUUGACGAAAAUAGGUAGAUUGGUUCGAGUAUCGCGAUAUGCACGCUUCGUACCAAAUUGUGGCAAGCUUCAAAUUAGGACACUUUUGGACUAUUUCUUUAGUAGCAGUGGAGACGCGGGCUUGACAGACAGCAGCAGAAAUAUCACCAUGGCAGAGGAAGAUGACGUAGGCUAUGUCGAGGGGGUUGAGGCUAGCGGUGAAGUUGGAGAAGCCAUUGGUGGUGGUGGUGGUGGAAUUAGAGGAGAGAACAGAUAA